CCUGUUCAGUCAGACUAACCGACAUCCCAACACAACUCCUCCUCCUCCUACUCCUCCUCCUCUUUUCCUCUUCCACCACCUCCUCCUCCUCCUCCCAAAAUGACCGUAGUAGCAGGAGAUAACAUGGAUGAGACCUCGGCUGUCCCUGGCCACCCUCAGGACACCUACCCUCCAGACCACAAUGACCACGAAUGCUGCGAGAGGGUGGUCAUCAACAUAGCUGGUCUCCGGUUUGAGACACAGUUGAAAACUCUCUCCCAGUUUCCAGAGACAUUGCUGGGCAACCCCAAAAAGCGGAUGCGGUACUUUGAUCCUCUGAGAAAUGAGUACUUCUUUGACAGAAACCGCCCCAGCUUCGAUGCCAUCCUCUACUACUACCAGUCUGGGGGUCGGCUGAGAAGACCAGUGAAUGUCCCUUUGGAUAUGUUUUCGGAAGAAAUCAAAUUUUACGAGCUGGGAGUGGACGCGAUGGAGAAGUUUCGUGAGGAUGAGGGUUUCAUCAGGGAGGAAGAGCGCCCUUUACCUGAGAAGGAGUUCCAGCGUCAGAUUUGGCUCCUCUUUGAGCAUCCAGAAAGCUCUGGCACCGCCAGAGGGAUUGCCAUAGUGUCUGUGAUGGUGAUCCUGAUUUCAAUAGUCAUAUUUUGUUUAGAGACUUUACCACAGCUGAAGGAGGACCCAACAAGUCGAGUGGUGGGGAACUCUACCAUUUAUUACAAGCCAAAUAUUCUCACUGACCCCUUCUUUGUCAUUGAGACACUCUGUAUAAUCUGGUUCUCCUUUGAGUUGAUAGUACGCUUUCUGGCAUGCCCAAGUAAACCGGCCUUCUUCAAGAACAUGAUGAACAUGAUCGACAUAGUGGCCAUCAUCCCUUACUUCAUUACACUUGGCACCGAGCUGGCUGAAGACCCAGAAAGCGAGGGGGUGGGGGAGCAGGCAACAUCUCUGGCCAUACUCAGGGUGAUCCGUCUGGUCAGAGUGUUUAGGAUCUUCAAGCUGUCACGACACUCCAAAGGACUUCAGAUUUUGGGGCAGACCCUCAAGGCCAGCAUGCGAGAGCUGGGGUUGCUGAUCUUCUUUCUGUUCAUUGGAGUCAUCCUGUUCUCCAGCGCUGUCUACUUUGCUGAGGCAGAGGAGCAAGGAUCCUACUUUGGCAGCAUCCCGGAUGCAUUUUGGUGGGCUGUUGUGUCUAUGACAACUGUGGGCUAUGGGGACAUGGUCCCAGUCACUAUAGGAGGCAAGAUUGUAGGAUCUCUGUGCGCUAUCGCCGGAGUGUUGACAAUUGCACUCCCAGUGCCUGUCAUUGUGUCCAACUUCAACUACUUCUACCACAGGGAGACCGAGGGAGAAGAGCAGGCCCAGCUGCUCAACGUCAGCAAUCCCAACAUCCCCUCUGAAACCAACUCCAGCCGCCGUAGUUCAUCCACCGUCAGCAAGUCAGAGUACAUGGAGAUUGAUGGAGACAUAAACAAUAGCAUCGACAACUUUAGGGAGGCAAACCUCAGAACUGGCAAUUGCACUAUAGCCAACCAAAACUGUGUAAAUAAAAGCAAGCUGCUUACAGAUGUUUAG